AUGACCACCACCACAACAUCAUCAAUUCCCAAUAUCGUUCUUGUUGAUGACUACCCACCACUAAAUUUAUCUAAUGAAAAUCUUGAACAGCUUAAAAAAUUGGCAAUUGAUUGGUCACUUUCACAUGGAUUAAAUAUUCGACCAAAGAAUUUCAAUCAACAACAGUCAUCAUCAUCAGUUCUGCAUGCACCAAUAUCAUUAUUGCCUACACCAUUCCCUAGAAAACAGUUUGAUUUGGUGGUGGAAUUGCAACCACUUUUUAAUAUUUUGUAUCACAAAUUAUCCAAUGAUCACCAGUUGAUUUCUAAUGUUAUUGAAGAGAUUUCUAACGUGGAUGAUUUCAUUGCAAAACUUUAUGAUAUAUAUCUCAAAAUUAGAAAGGAAGGAAAUAUUCAGCCAAUAACAUUGGGCAUACAUAGAUCAGAUUAUCUUUUACAUUCAUCAUCAUUGCCAAAUAAUGAAGAAUUGAAAAUUCUACAAGUUGAAUUUAAUACUAUAUCAUCAGCAUUAACAAGAAUUUCUGUUGCUCAUGAACUUUAUGGAUCUGAAAAUAGUGUAGUAUUAAUGGUGGUACAAAGUGACGAAUGGAAUAUAUUUGAUCAAAGAUGGAUUGAAUAUAAUUUAUUAAAAAAUCAUAAAAUUGAUUUAAUACGUAAAACACUUUUAGAAAUAUUUUUAGAAGGAAAAUUAAAUGAGAAAACUAAAGCUUUAAUUAUAAAUGGUAAAGAGGUUUCGGUAACAUAUUUUCGCGCAGGUUAUAGACCAGGAGAUUAUCCUAGUGAAAAUGAAUGGAAUGCAAGAUUAAUGAUCGAACGAUCAAAAUCUAUAAAAUGUCCAUCAAUCAGUUAUCAAUUAGUUGGAUUUAAAGUAUUUCAACAAGUUCUAGCCAGGCCAAAUAUUGUAGAAAAAUAUAUAAAAAAUCCGAUUGACGCUAAAAAAAUUAGAUCAUGUUUUGCCAAUCUUUAUCAAUUUCACUCCAACAAUGAUAUAUUUAAAUCAGUAAUUGAUAAUCCAAACGAUUAUGUGAUGAAACCACAACGUGAAGGAGGUGGUAAUAAUUUAUAUGGCGAGGAAAUGGUCAACACUAUUAAAAAAUUGAAAUCUUCGUCAGUGUCGUCAUCGCAAGAACUUAAAAAAUAUAUUAUAAUGGAUUUGAUUAAACCGCCAGCAAUUUCAAAUAUUUUAUUAAGGAAAGGUGAAUUGAUUAAAUGUAAAAUAAUCUCCGAGUUGGGCACAUUUGGUGUUUUUAUUUCUAAAAAAAUUAAAGAUGAUGAUGAUGAUGGCGAAGAAAUAAUUGUGAAUGAGUGCAUUGGUAAUGUGUUAAGAAGUAAAAGUAGUGAGAUUAAAGAAGGUGGUGUUGCAAUUGGAUUGGCUGUUAUUGAUUCUCCUUUAUUAAUCUAA